CUUGUGUCUAUAUCUGCCUUUGGUCUCACCACAAAUGCUCCCAUGAAAUAUCCCAUUUUGUGGUCAGCAAGGAAGAGAGGAGACAGAAGGAAAUCAGGACCUAAGCAAUGCUGUGUGUACAGCAUCGACGAGCUUUUGCCUCUCCUGGUUUACUACCCUUUUCUUCUCACCAUCUACGUUGUCUCAUUACCUGCAGUUGGAAUGUUCACAAUCCUAAUAUACCUGUCACUGGGUUGAUCAAAUGCAACAUACCCCAUGCUGGAAGAGGUAAAAGGCAUCUGCCAAGAUCCUACCGUUCCAUCUCCUUCGAGGAGGAAGAAGAAUCAAGUCUUGACUCUAGCUCCGAUCAUUUUUCGAGGUUUGAAGAAGCAGUGAAGCUGUUCAAUGGAAGGGAAUACUAUGCAUGCCACGACUUGCUUGAAUCUCUUUGGUUUGAAUCAUACGACCCUCUUCGUACCCUUCUUCAUGCCCUCCUCCAAUGUGCUGUUGCUUUCUAUCACCUCUUUAACCAGAAUCACAAGGGUGCAAUGAUGGAGAUGGGAGAGAGUUUGUGCAAGCUUCGAAAGCUGAAUUUUGAAGGGGGGCCUUUUCAUCAGUUUGAACAAGAGCUCUCUACUGUCCUGAAUUUCAUCUAUCAAACUCAGUUGGAGCUUGCUGCCUGUACUGAAGACUUUUGCCUGACAAUGGAACAAACUGAAAGAUCAUACCAACUCCUUGAGGGGUAUGGUGCAGGGCAACGCCUGUAUUUUCUUGAAGAAAGCGACGAUGAGAAUCACAACAAUCACAUUACAUACCUUGUCUUUGAUCCUCGAAAAAGUUAUGGUGCCACAAGCCUUCCUCCAACAAAGGUUAAACUUCCUAUCUUGGAAGCAACUCGAAACCAUCUCAUGUCCUUUGAAAACUAUUAAUCAAUUAGUCUUUGCGAAGAUAUUAGUUUUUACACUGAUGGUUAAAAAUUAAAAUCAUACUUUGAAGUUUCAAUGUGAAAUUAUUUUUGAUGGAGUAAUCAUAUAUUUGCAGUUU